AUGCCAUCUCCAAAGGGUUUCCCGCAGGCUUACGACUGGGAGACGGCAGAGACGAUGGAGGGAGAUGCCACACAACCGUCGGAAGGACCCAUCGCCAUCUGGCUUGACCAUCAUCUGCAGCAACGGCAGCAGGAGAGCCUCAAUACACCCGCAGCUUCUGCGUUCACAUCGGGAGGCGAGAACGGCUUUAUGCUCAUUGAAAUGUCGAGGCCCGAGGCUGUUCUGUUCUUUUAG